AUGGAGGGUAAUAAGAUUGUCGGACAUCAAAAAAUUCCCAUGGAAAAAAUAGAAAAUGAAGCUGCUCGAUAUGCCUCAUUUUUAGAACAUCGAUUGAGUUUAUAUAAGUUGGCUGGUGAUCUCGUUCAACAACAUGAUGUUGAUAUAGGAAUAGUUCUUUCUUCUCCGACGAAUAAGCCUUGCUCAUUUUUUCAUCCAACUGUUGAAGUAGUUUCUCAGCGUUUGAUGAAUCCAAAUGUAGAAUUAGGUGACACAACAAAACUUGCUGCAACAUGUGUUCGAAACAAUGUGAAUGAAAUAGAAUAUAAACUAGCAGAGUUGAAAAUUAGGGAAGAUGUUGCAAGCAAGCAAAGCGUUAUACUUGACCAAGCCAAAGAGAUGAGAAAAAUUGGUUGGUGGGAGGAUGUAGAAAAACUCAAAACUGAUGAGGUGACUCAGUUUGAAGCUUGGCUAGAUGUUGCUGAUUUUAACAUGAAAAAUCGUCUGAAACAAUUGGAAAAUGAAGUUGCAUCUAAUGCUUCAUAA